AUGUUAGUAAAAAUAGAGAAAAAGACAGAUACUCCUAGAAAAUUAGAAAUAAUGGAAGCGAGUGCUGGUGUGUCAGGAGGCGAGUGUUGCUGUGUCUCUUGGCGAGUGUUGGUGUGUCAGGAGGCGAGUGUUGGUGUGUCAGGAGGCGAGUGCUGGUGUGUCAGGAGGCGAGUGUUGCUGUGUCUCUUGGCGAGUGUUGGUGUGUCAGGAGGCGAGUGUUGGUGUGUCAGGAGGCGAGUGCUGGUGUGUCAGGAGGCGAGUGUUGGUAUGUCUCUUGGCGAGUGUUGGUAUGUCAGGAGGCGAGUGUUGGUGUGUCAGGAGGCGAGUGUUGGUGUGUCUCUUGGCGAGUGUUGGUGUGUCAGGAGGCGAGUGUUGGUGUGCCAGGAGGCGAGUGUUGGAGUGUUGGAGUGUCAGGAGGCGAGUGUUGGAGUGUUGGUGUGUCAGGAGGCGAGUGUUGGAGUGUUGGUGUGUCAGGAGACGAGUGUUGGAGUGUUGGUGUGUCAGGAGGCGAGUGUUGGAGUGUUGGUGUGUCAGGAGACGAGUGUUGGAGUGUUGGUGUGUCAGGAGGCGAGUGUUGGUGUGUUGGUGUGUCAGGAGGCGAGUGUUGGAGUGUUGGUGUGUCAGGAGGCGAGUGUUGGAGUGUUGGAGUGUCAGGAGGCGAGUGUUGGAGUGUUGGAGUGUCAGGAGGCGAUUGUUGGAGUGUUGGUGUGUCAGGAGCCGAGUGUUGGAGUGUUGGAGUGUCAGGAGGCGAGUGUUGGAGUGUUGGUGUGUCAGGAGGCGAGUGUUGGAGUGUUGGAGUGUCAGGAGGCGAGUGUUGGAGUGUUGGAGUGUCAGGAGGCGAGUGUUGGAGUGUUGGUGUGUCAGGAGGCGAGUGUUGGAGUGUUGGAGUGUCAGGAGGCGAGUGUUGGAGUGUUGGUGUGUCAGGAGGCGAGUGUUGGAGUGUUGGUGUGUCAGGAGGCGAGUGUUGGAGUGUUGGUGUGUCAGGAGGCGAGUGUUGGAGUGUUGGUGUGUCAGGAGGCGAGUGUUGGAGUGUUGGUGUGUCAGGAGGCGAGUGUUGGAGUGUUGGUGUGUCAGGAGGCGAGUGUUGGAGUGUUGGUGUGUCAGGAGGCGAGUGUUGGAGUGUUGGUGUGUCAGGAGGCGAGUGUUGGUGUGUUGGUGUGUCAGGAGGCGAGUGUUGGAGUGUUGGUGUGUCAGGAGGCGAGUGUUGGAGUGUUGGUGUGUCAGGAGGCGAGUGUUGGUGUGUUGGUGUGUCAGGAGGCGAGUGUUGGAGUGUUGGUGUGUCAGGAGGCGAGUGUUGGAGUGUUGGUGUGUCAGGAGGCGAGUGUUGGAGUGUUGGUGUGUCAGGAGGCGAGUGUUGGAGUGUUGGUGUGUCAGGAGGCGAGUGUUGGAGUGUUGGUGUGUCAGGAGGCGAGUGUUGGAGUGUUGGUGUGUCAGGAGGCGAGUGUUGGAGUGUUGGUGUGUCAGGAGGCGAGUGUUGGAGUGUUGGUGUGUCAGGAGGCGAGUGUUGGAGUGUUGGUGUGUCAGGAGGCGAGUGUUGGAGUGUUGGUGUGUCAGGAGGCGAGUGUUGGAGUGUUGGUGUGUCAGGAGGCGAGUGUUGGAGUGUUGGUGUGUCAGGAGGCGAGUGUUGGAGUGUUGGUGUGUCAGGAGGAGAGUGUUGGUGUGUCAGGAGGCGAGUGUUGGAGUGUUGGUGUGUCAGGAGGCGAGUGUUGGAGUGUUGGUGUGUCAGGAGGCGAGUGUUGGAGUGUUGGUGUGUCAGGAGGCGAGUGUUGGAGUGUUGGUGUGUCAGGAGGCGAGUACUGUAUUGAUGUAUACGCAAAUUGA